AUGUUAAUUUGCUUAUGGAUUUUAUUAGUCUCUGAAACAUGCGGGCAGAUAUCAUUUACAAAAACGAAUGAAAAUGAAAUUUUUGAUGUAGCAUUUGGAAAGUUUAUUUCCGAAGCUGAUCAUUCAAACAAUGAUCCGAGUACGUCGAAAUUUGGAAUGGUCAGAAAUAAACCAGAUGAUAGCAUGUCUAAUUUAAAGAAAUCAGAUGACAUCAACAAUCAAGACAUAUUUGGUAAACAGUCAUUUGAAAACGAUAUGAUGUCUAUAUCGUCAAGUAAAAGAAUACCUGAAAAGCUUUCACCAUCAGUUCUCGAUAGAUCAUUGAUGAUCAUCGGAGAAAAAGCCACUGGUGAAAUUCUGAAAGAAUUCAGAGAAGAUGGAACUAUGCAUAGUGUCACCACUGAAAUAAAUGGUAAUUUACAAGAGCCAACAUCACAAAUGAAUGAAUUUCUUCACAGUGUAGCAGAUGAAGAUACUGUCGAAAAGUUGGUUCAGGAUUCAAAUUUUAUUCACACUAAAGAAAACUGGAAUUUAUCUCAGCCACAUACGGAGAAUUCAUUGGAUUUCCUCACUGUUAAUACACCUAUUUCCAAUUUGAAAAUGGUAACAGGAACAGAUGAUUCCAGUUUGAAUAUUAUGGAUUACACUGCAGGGAACAUUCCGAACAGCCCGAUUACCUGGAGCAAUCCACAAAUUUUUAUUGAACCUAUUCAUAUUGCAAAUUUUCAUUCAGGUGAUCAAAUUUUAUCUGUAGAAGCUCAUGACAGGUUUAAUAGUUCAAUAGAAUUCAUAUGUAUGUUACCGGAAGUUGUAUUUUGCGUUACCGAUUUACUCAGCAAUGAUAGUUUUCGAUUACGGAUUGUUUACACUAGUACCGAGAACAUUACGAAUUUUAAUUUACCUCUUACUAUCAGAACACGAAGUCACGGAAGAGAUUCGUAUACGAGUUGGAAUGCUUCUAUACAUUUUGUUACGGAUUAUUUGAAUCCGGGAAAUGAAAUUCGUGCAGAAAUCUCAAGCAUGUCAACGGAACAAAUUAUUGGACAUCAAGUUGAAGCAAGAAAUGAUAAGAAAUUUCCUGUAGAACCAAAUUUCAUUGCUUUAGAGGAGCAAUCACUUUCUAUCUUGAAUGAAUCAUCCAUUAAUCAGUCUGAAGAGGCAACAAGGAAGCCAAAAGCGCCUGUUUUUAUUUUUAUGCCACAUUUCGAGCAUAAUAAUUAUGAAAUAUAUGUACCGGAAGGAAAAAACAAGGAUUCGAUGAUUGUUGCUGUAGUUUACUUUUUGACCCAUACUGAUAGUGUCGAAACAAAAUUUUCAAUUCAAUCCGAGCCACUUCAGUGGUUUUAUCUCGGUGAAAUGGAAAAAGAAACGAAUGUAAACCGCCUUAUUAUUUCAAUUAAAGUUAUGCUACAUGAUGGUGCUGACGUUGAUUUCAGAAAAACCAACAAUGGCCAAUAUAAAUUUCAAAUUAAAGCUAGCCAAGGCAAUUUUGAAACUUCUACAAAUAUCAAUGUUGAAGUGCUGACGUUUGCUACCAAAGGGACAUCUUAUUCUUCUGAUUUAACAACAAUUUCUAGUUCGACCGAAACAUCAUUGAUGGAAGAAUUUACUAUAACAAAACUUUCUAUUGAUUCAGAACAUUAUACUGUUACAGGCUCUGAGGAUAUUUUUGAGAAUGCACCUGGAAUUACUCCCGAGACUAUAUCGAAUCUGAAACAAGUUGAUAUAGACACAUCUACCGCUCAUGGUAGCUGGAAUAUUAAAAAAAUGCAAAUUGAACCUACAAAGGGUUCUUCAGAAAGUACAGGUGAAACAGCAAUCGAGAAACUGAGCAAUAUUCAAGAAAUAGAAACUACAGAAUCUGUCUUAGGACCUGAAUUUUCUCGUGCUACUGUAUCUCGAAGUUGGCAUGCUACUGCAACAUUAUCAUUAUUUCCGGAAGAAUCUCCUAUGCGUGAGAAUUUUGUGGAAAAUUUCCAGUCGACCAUUCAUGAUAUUGAAACAACAACUAAUAGUGCUGAAUCUGAAGCGGAAAAACGAUCAAAAGGAUCUUUCUUUCUAAAAGUCAACGAAAUAACAAAACACCAGUUAGAAUCAGUGACUAAACCAAUUCCUUCCUCAUUUCGAGAAUCAUUCGAACAACUUCUAGAAACAGUUUCGGAAAAUCAAAAUAUGGAUGGUUUUGAAUCAUUACAAGAUUCUGAAAUAACACUUUCAGAGAAUUCUCAAAAAGUUGGUUCUACGAAUUCUGAUAGUGAUAAUUUGGAUGACAAUCAAUACAUUUCAGCUUCAUCUGAAGAAGAAACAUCAGUGAGUGCCAAAUUUUAUAAGAAUGCAUUAACAACAGAAAUAGAUGAUAGCACCAAAAACAACGAAUCCGACGAAAGCAAUAAUAAUUUCUUCUCUUCCAGCCAAGAACAGCUACCAGUUGAUAAUAAAUCAAAAAUGACCGCUGUUUCAUCAAUCCAAAAUAGCAAUAAUUUAUUCUCGAAUAGUGCAAUAGAAGAUGGAAAAACUUUGCAAGAAAAUUUUGAUGCAUCCUUCAUUUCAUUGACAACAACACCUGCAGUGGAUGAUUCUGCGAAUAAUGUUGACAACAUGCACUGGAGCAAACACUUCCAAGAAAACUUCAAAAAAUCUGCACCAAACUUUAAAACAAACGAAGACGACUUGGUUAUACAUAAAUUAAGCACUAAUAAUGGUGAUAUUAGCACUUUUCUUGUUGAUAAUGAUAAUACCAGUUAUGAUGAUAUCAAUACUGAUGAUGAGGAUAAACGUCAUACUUCUGCAAAUAUGAAUUCUUUUACCGGGAAAGAACAUACUAAUAAUAGUAUUACCAUUUCUGAUAAUAUUGAUACAACGGUAACUUCAAAUAAUGCGAUAAAAACAGUUAAUGGAGAACACAGAAAUAAUAGUAUUAGGAGUCAGCAAACGUCGAUAAGCUUAACAGACAAGGUUCACAUGAAUUUAGAUUACGAAGCAAAUGAAAGUUGGAAUCAAAAUGAUAAGGAAAAUUUUGAAAUUAACAAAAUGCAACGGACUCAGCUGACAAACAGUGAUAAGACGACAGUUGCAGUUGUGUUACUUCCAGAAACAAUUCGGACAGAAACCGAAGCUAAAGGAGAAUGGCCUGAAGAAGGUGAUAGUCUAGUGAAUGGUUUCGGAAUCAGUGAGAUGGAAUUAAAAGAAACAAUGAUAGAUAUGAAGUUAAGAGCAAGUGAAGGAGACAAAUACAUUUUGCCUUAUGAAUUUCGAGAUUCCGACAUUUUGUCUGAUCUUGAUAUUAUCAUUACUGCCAGCAACAUGGAUCCUAAUGAUGUGAUUAUGGUAUCAGUAAAUUCUUCUGCAUUAGAAGUUAUUCCACAUCGUAUGCAACCAGGAAAAACGGUUUUUCUUGCUAUUCGUGAUGCUGAGAAACUAGAUCGCGAUCUUUUGGAUGGACCUGUUGUUGUUAAGGUGACAGCAUCUCAGCGAACACGUCCGUCAGUGAUAUCAUCAAAAGUAAUUAAGCUUAUGAGAGAUGAAAGUCUAAGUAAUGAAGCACCAGCAUUUUUGUUUCCUGAAUAUGAUUUUCAUAUAAGUGAAGGUAGUAUAACAGGACAAAAGGUUGGCCAAAUGGAAGUUGAAUUUGUGGAUCACCGUGAGCAUCCAAUCACUUAUCAGUUGAUUGGCCCCGGAAGUGAACUAUUUGCGAUAAAUGGCGGUACAGUAAGCGUUUCAUGUCCAAGUGUCAUGCCAUGUUUGGAUCGAGAGCAAACUACUGCAUAUCACCUUCUUGCUAUCGUUACUGAUCUCAAUGGUUUAAAUUCCGUUCCUGCAAUUGUAAGAAUUCAUAUCGACGAUCAAAAUGACAAUGGUCCAAUUCUAGAAACAUUGCAAAAUGAUAUUACAGUAUCAAACGGCCGUCUGACGAAGCCUUUUGUUGUAAAGGUAAAAGAUAACGAUGCGGCACCAUAUAAUAUCAAUGAGAUAAGCAUUGAUGGUCCAGCGUCAGCAUUUAUUUCGCUAGAAAAGGUGCGUGAUGACAUUUACUACGGGCGGCUUUGGUCGCUGCCAGCAGCAGGAACUUACCAAUUGAAUAUAAUUGCCCGUGAUCCUAAUGGAGAUAUUCCAGAACAAAAAAUUGCCGUUAAUGUACAAGUGCUGAAUACUGUGACAAAAGCUCAUUUUAAACGAGCCAAGUAUGAAAGAACAAUUAAUACUGAAAAGCUAUUCAAAGGUAAUCCCAUCUUGCAACCGGAACUUGAAAAUGCACCACUUGAUGCACUAAGGUUUAUCCUUUUAAGAGAUGAUCCUGGUUGGCUAUCUGUGGACGAAUAUACCGGAAAUGUAAUUGUUGGUGAUGUACCACGAACCGGCAUUGUUAGUGGGAAGUACAGCUCAUCUAUCGCAGCAGUGAAUCGCACUGACGGUAGGCUUAUCACCGAAUCCGUUCUUGUUCUUACCGUAAUUAGCGACAGUCAUGUGAAGAAAUUGUUUACCAAAAAACUUCUUGUCCACACAUUACGUAAAGAUCCAACAGCAACUCGUCAAACGGUACAAAUACUUCCGGAAUAUAACAAAGCAUCAAUAGCAAUUGUUCGAGAUAGUAUCAGUGCUGUAGAUGAACAGCUUCGUCACAUUCAUAUCGAUAAGAAUGCAAUAUCAAAUAGUCACGGUAUGAUAAUAAUGGAUAUGAAACGAUUACUACAGAUACGGAUGUUACAGUUCAAUUUAUCAUCAAAAGAAGAUGCUAAUGAUUUUGCAAAGGUAAUGUUGUUUCUCAGUUCGGAGCCAGUUGAGAUGGAACACGAACGUAAACGACAAGCACAACCAAGAUUUGGCUAUCCAUGGCGAAAUGAUAUGAAUAUCAUUCCAAUUAAAUUGGUUGAAAAUUCACCAGAAGGUUACACGAUUAUUUCGUUACCAGCUCACAAUCCUAUGAAUGGAGCUAAAAUUAUGGAUUUAAGGCUUUCAGGAGAAAUGACUCAACAUUUCACUGUGGAUGGAAGAAGCGGUGAUGUGCAUGUUAUAAAACCUUUCGAUUUUGAAGCGAUGGAACCAGAAUCACAUAUAUUUGAUUUAUUACUAAUCGCAGGUGAAGAACCAUAUGACACUGUGGCAAUACUACGAAUUGAAAUUAUUGAUGUUGAUGACAAUCCACCAAAAAUUACUAAAUUUGGUGAUUACAACUUUGAAAAUUUGACAAUUUCGGAGAAUUCAUGGCCUGGUACAGUGCUUUUUGAAGUUCAAAUAUCGGAUCCUGACUAUUUAUAUGGUAAAACAGGUGUCUUUAAUUAUGCAUUAAGUGGUAAAGGAUCAGCUAAUUUCCAGGUUAAAAAGGUAAAUGAUACAGUGGCAGUAAUUGUUUCGCCUGCUGCUGAUUUAGAUCGAGAAAAAAUUGAGGAAAUGGUUAUCUUACUGAAAGUUACUGAUUCUGGUGGUAACAGUGACAGUGUAGUGGCAAUUAUCACUAUAAUGGAUGUAAACGAUAAUGCACCCAUUUUUCUUCAUAGCGAAUAUAAAGUUGAAGCAGUAGAAAAUUGGCCUGAGGCUAUGGUACUAACCUAUGUGCAUGCUGAAGACAAGGACAAAGGCCUUAAUGCAGAUAUUCGUUAUUCUCUUUCACCAAGAAAUAAUCAGUACUUUGAAAUUGAUUCAAUAAGUGGAUUAAUACGUGCCAAGAAAGCAUUGAUCGGUUUAGCUCGAGCACAUUCAUACGAUUUCUCAGUUGUAGCAAGUGAUCAAGGUAUGCCACCGUUAUCAACCACAGCAGCUGUUAGUAUUCACGUACUCGAAUCCACGUCAUUAAGUCAUGCUGGUGACAGUAAGGGUAUACACAUAGUGUCACCGUCCGUUCAUUUCACUUUACAACUUGAGGAGAAUAUUCCAGCUAAUGAUCGUGUUUAUGCAGUUCAAGCUAAAAUUGGUGGUUUCAAUGAGUUAUUUGGUCGAGAAAUUAAGUACUCAAUAAUGCCAGUGGAUAAUGUGACAGAUGGCGGAUGGUUUACAAUUGAUACAAUUAGCGGCGACCUGUUUACUUUACAAGAAUUGGACCACGAACUUCAACCUGCGAUAACUGUUAGUUUAUUUUAA